GGAAAUUCAACAGAGUGAAGUUGUCAGUAUAAAAGUGACCGUCAGCUGGUACAAUCCACAAAUGACAACAGCUAAGAUAUAAAAGUGAGUAAAUUCAGUCAGAACGGAGUAUAAACUUUGUUCAUUACUGUUCAUUAGUCAAUAGGCCAACUAUAUAGGAGUCGUGAGCGGAGAGAAACGAGGAAGAGGAAGAGAGUAUUGAGUAUAGAGCUAGAGCAAGACUCGAGGUGAGAGGCGAGUGUCAAGUUAAGUUUCUGAUAUUUAUUUUAUUUAUUUAAUAACUCAGUGACAGAAUUAUGGAGAUUAUUUGUGUUUGCUAGCAGCCAAUUAAAAAGUUGUAUUGGUCCGAUCACCUGUCAAGGUAUCAUGAUAUUUUUCUGGAUGAUAUUAUAAAAAAUAAAUCAAGAUUGAAAUAUUUAAUAAGACAGGUUAAAUAAAAUCAAGAUGACAGAAAGUCUUAUCAAUGAGUGGCUAGCAGACUACGCUGAUGUAUCACCAGCUGAGCUGUCUACCUUUGCAAAUACUUUGUCUCAGGACAACGAAAUAGUAAGAGCUCUGUACGUGCUUCUUGAGGAGCGGAACAAGUACUCAGAGCUGAUUGAUCCUGUUUGUAAUCAAUUGUUCAACUUCUAUCGAUCGAGAGAAGUUCAGUUACAACGAUUUACAUUGCAAUUUGUUCCUACGCUUAUUUUUAUUUAUCUUAAUGCUCUUGCACAUGGUGAUAUUAAGAAUUGCCGAUCGGUGGAGACGCUGCUGAUAGGACUUUACAACCUAGAAGUGGUGAGCGAGACAGGAGAUUCAAAGACGGUGUCAUUUAGGCUGCCCUCGCUGGCGAUGCUGUCGAUCUACCACGAGCCCUCGAGCCUGACCCACGCUUCGCUGACCGAGAGCGCGGUGAGACAUUUUGAAGAGUGCAACUCCAAGCUCGUCUGCUGGGGACCUCUCCCGCAAAUUGAGACCCUCAAUGCUCAGAACCGACUGAAAGUUAUGACAGCGCUUCUGUUUAUUUACAAUCAGCAGCUGAGUUACAUCCAGAAGUCUGCGCUGGAACAGUUGUGCAAAGUUGCUACCAAACUCGUAACUCAAGGAUUCCCGAAGCCAGGUCACCAUCAACGUGCUUCGUACAACGAAUCUAGUUUCGUUCCUAGACUGUUACCUCGUAUUCCUGUCACAAAUCAAUUUCUUCUAGAGUUCCUUCACGGAAUUUACUUCGCGAUGUACAACGACUGCUGGUACGUCGGAUGUCAAGCGGUGGAUGAUAUUCAUAACCGCGUGUGCUAUGAUGGCUAUGCUGAUGUGAUGCUUGUGACAAACGCAAUACGUAACUCAAGCAGUUCUGGACCCUCUGGAUUGCUGGGUGAUGCUUCGCUGGGAAUGAGUGUCGCCUUGUCACCGGCUACGACAACUCCCACGAUAUCCAAGUCUAUGAUAACUAAUGCAUCUUUCCGUACAAAAAAAUUGCCAGACGACCUGGACAUAAACUUAUUCGAAGAAGAAGUAAAGAGCAUAGACGAGAAAGAAAAAUUACCGCGACCAUCCCCGAGUUCCGGAAAGCGUCGUGCCUGGUUGAGAAAGCACAUGCCCCAGUCGCUGGACGAGGACGAAGUGCUGCAGAUCCGCAGCGGAGGCUCUUCAGUGGACAACUCCAGGCGAGAGAGCCUGGCUAGCCAGGCGAGCGGAUCGCCGAGCCGAACUUCUCCGAAGAAAUCUCGGGAUCGCAAGGUCGUGUCCCAGGACGACGUGAUCCGCAGGCCUCGCAGAGAGCGCAGUGACUCUCCAGGAAACGAGAGCCGACUCAGCGCUGGAGCGCGGCUCUAUCGCGUGCUGGAGGAGCAGGCUCUUGGCGAAGUGAUCGUUGCUUCCGCGGAGGGACUCUAUAUCAAUGGACUCAGAGCCAUUGAACGAGAUGAUAUCCCAAUCGUGGCGAAAGAAGACGGGACAGCUGACAAAAACUUGGUAUCGAUAUCAGAAGAGCAGGAUUCAACGGAACCAAGUCGCAUUGGUUCGCUCCGCCAGGGUAAAGACAAGAGCUCCAAGAUCACAAACUUCAGUUUGACUAAAAAGCCUCGAGAAAAGGACAGCAGAGCGAAGAAUGGAAUGGUAGAGAAAGAGAAGAAAUCAGGACAGAUUAAAGACUCCAAGAGCCGGAUUGAUGAAGAAGUUAAUGGUGGAGUCAAGAAGAAAAACGACUCGAUAAUCAGCGACGGGAACUCGAGCUUCACUGAAGCGGGAUUAAAUGACACCGCUGACCUGGAGCUGGAAAGUGCCGUGGCUAGCAUGAGAGCCCUCGAUCCAGACCUUAAUUCUUCUGUCCAAGUCAGCUCGGUUUAGUCUCUGUUUAUUUUUUUUUAGUUAGGAUUUCUGAGGCUCUGACGGGAACAAUUAAAUAUGUUUUACGUAAUUAAUGUGCUGUUGGUUGUUGACUAUUAUAAGUGUUGUUAAUGAUGAUGAAGAUGAUGAUAAAGAAGAA